CUUCUUGUGACUGGUUAAAUAGCCAACUGGCAAAGUUUUGGUGGGCAGGUCAGGAUAAGGAAAAAGGGAAGUAUUGGAUCUCUUGACCAGCUAUUUAUGUAAGCAAGUUUCGAGGGGGUUUGGGUUUUCGUGACUUCAAUCUCUUUAACAUAGCUAUGCUGGUCAAACAAGCCUGGAAAAUUUUGCAGCAACCUCAUUCAACAUUAGCCCGAGUUUACAAGGCUAGGUAUCAUCAGCAUACGGAGUUCCUCUCUGCGGCUGUGGGUAGUCGUCCGUCUUGGGCAUGGCAAGGUAUGUUACAAGGACGAGAGUUGCUCCGCAAAGGUCUUCGAUGGCAGGUGGGAUGCGGAACGGCGAUCAACAUCCUUCUCGACAGCUGGUUGCCUUCUUCUCCCCCCUCUGCCCCCUCACUACUUCCAGGUGUUGUUCUCGCCAAUCCUUUUGUAGCUUCUUUAAUUCACCCCUUGACCCGAUCUUGGAAUGUAGAGUUGAUCAAAGGUACAUUCCAGCAGGAGAGUGUGAAAUGGAUCCUUUCAAUUCCUCUUCCCGCUAACCCCCUUCCUGAUAGACUGAUUUGGCACUUUUCGGAAUCCGGUUUAUACAUUGUCAAGUCCGGCUAUCAUCUUCUUUCUUCUGAGCGAGAUGAUAUGUCUCCUAGCCUCCUACCCCAACUUAAUUCCAAGUUAUGGAAGUGCCUUUGGAGCUUGCCUCUCCCUCCGAAAUUGAAAUUCUUCCCGUGGAGAGUUGUUCGUGGUUUCCUUCCUCUUUGUACAAUACUCCAAGAUAAGUCCCUGUGCCCCUCGCGCACCUGUCUUGUAUGUUCAGCCGCUGAUGAGACCGUUACUCAUUGUUUUCUUGAUAGCAGGAUUGCAAGGGAGGUGUGGAUGCUUGCUGGCAAGAGCCCAUUUGCGACAUGAACUGAGCCUCAUUCCUACUGAAUUCUUGUGGCCUCGUCCCUUCUUCUCUAUGCAGUUAUCCAUGGAUCAAAUUGCCGAGACGGUGUUCAUUUCCUGGCGGCUAUGGAAGGGGAGAUAUUGGUCAAUUUAUGACCAUAUUCAAUACCUCCCUCCAGCUAUUUUUCGUCAAUUCCGGUCCCAAGCGGCGGAACGGCAAUUGGCCACUAACUCACCCCCAACAGCAGCAUCCGACCCAGCGACGUUCUGCUGCCACCAUCUCGCACUCCGUCAAGUCCAUUAGGUGGAUUGCUCAUGCGGUUCGAUGGAGCUACCAGGAAGAAUGAAUGUGGCAGCAUUGGUUUUGUGGGUAUCUCAUCGGGAGAUUCAUUAGUCUGUGCUUGUGGUAAAAAGUAUCCAGGUUUGGAUGAACCCUUCCUCCUUGAAUUAUUAGCUCUUAGAGAUGCUAUGAAUUGGUGUUUAAGUCAUGGUUUUAAUGCCGUUUGCUUUUGUGGAGAUUCACAAUUGGUUAUCCGCCAAGUUUCCUCAGGUUCAUUUCAACAUGGCAGAGGAGGGGCGAUUCUGGAAGAGAUUCUCUUGCUGAAGUCUGCUUUCACCUUUGUUUAGUUUGUUUUUGCUCCUCGUACUACUAACAGGGCUGCCCAUUGCAUUGCAUCGGCAGAUCACCACUUGGUUGACUGUCGCUUUUUACUUUCAAACUUAUUGUAAUUAGCUAUCGAUCUACUAUCUAUCUAUGGCGCAAAAAAAAAAAAAAAGUAAAACCCAACCACUUUGUAGAAUACUAAUGUAAUCCUUCUUGUUUCUCUUGCAGCCCAGCAACUGUUGUGACUUGCCAACAAACAAAACCAGCCAAACAAACCACAUCCUUCCUCCCUACCUUUCAACUGUUUUUACACCUACAUUGCCAUUGCAAGGAAAAAUGUCAAGACUAGGUAGGAGUAGGGCCAUCCUCAUGUUCAUUUACAUGGCGCGUAUCAACGUCCAUUGGCCCAACCGUCAUUAAACGUCACUAUAUGGUUAACAAAUAGGAUCAUCGAGAUUUGAAUGGAAUACUUCACAAUCAUAAAAUGCUGAUAAUGCCAUGGUUCAUGGCGGUGUAGCAACUCCAGCCGGCAGCCGCAACUAACAGUCUAACACGUUGAGUUCUUCUUCUUCAUCUUUCCAUAGACGUGUUCCUCACUUAAACCCUAGAGCUGGAAACCGUUCGUGGCAUGCCAAGUAAAAUAAGGACAUAAAUCUAUCAGGCAGUCCAAUAAAUAUUCUCUGCAGAUCUCACUAACGAAAUAAAAGUGAUACCACCGGCCGCCACGUUGAACUACUUAGUUUGAUUAAAAUAUAACAUAAUCUCCUAACGGAAAUCUCACAAAUUUCUACCAAAAAAAGAGAUCUGCAAAAUUAAUUAAGAGCUUGAGGAGUUGGCCAAACGUGGCUGGGCACCAAUUAAAACUAGUCAACUUGAUAGGCACACCAGUUAUUUGCCUUCCACGUGUUUCUUGCCUAUAUACCGACGUGAUAAUUUGACAAAUAAUCAACUAGGCAAUUUCGAUUCUCAUUACUAUACACCAUGAAUUCUUACUAAUAGAAUGAUUUGUGGAAUUACAAGAGUUGGUUUCAUCGAGUUACUCGUUCGAAAAUUUUAUAAAGAGAUUGCGAAGAAACUAAUAUAAUUUUUAUAUUCAGUAAAAUUCUACAUAAAAUUAAACUAGUCCUAUUCAUAAAUCCAGUUAAAAUGCUUGUUAAUAAUCCGACCCUCUACGCUUUCCAGCAUUACGUAUCACUCGUUCCACGAAAUUCGAAUCGAUUUCAACUAAACCAUAAAUAGAUGUGUCUACCUCUACUCUCUAGUCUCUACCCAUCCCACUACAAGAGAAAAAAAAAAUUCAAUGACAGGAGGAAAGGUGAGUCAGCAUGAGGUUCCUUUUACGUUUCUUGUUCAGCUCACCGACCCUUUUGACUUCCCACCACCUAAACGAACCUUCCAUUGCCAAAACCCAAACCCUCAAAUCUCCUAUAUAAAAACCAUUCCUUCAUCUCCCUUGCUCCAUUAUCAAAAAGCUGAUAAGCCCCAUUUCUCGAGAGAGAGCAAAAUGUCGAGUACAUAUUGGACCAUCUUGUUCAUUUCCUUCACGGUAGCCACGUCCUCGUGGGCCCAACCGGCCACCACCGGCGGCGGCCCAGACACCGUCACGAACCUCCAGUUCUACUUCCACGACAUCGUCAGCGGGAGGAACCCGACCGCGGUUCAGAUCAUCAAGGCACCUUCCGGCUCGUCCGGGUUCGGCCAGGUCAACGUGGCGGACGACCCGCUGACCGUGGGCCCCGACGCGGGCUCCAAGGCCGUGGGCCGGGCCCAGGGGCUGUACGGGGUGGCGAGCCAGAGCAUGACCGACAUGGCGCUGCUGAUGGUCCUGAGCUACGGGUUCACGGACGGCCCGUACAAGGGCAGCUCGCUCAGCAUCAUGGGCCGGAACCCGGCUAUGAGCCCGACCCGGGAGCUGCCCGUGUUGGGCGGGACGGGGGUUUUCCGGAUGGCGCGAGGAUACGCGCUCAUGAAGACGGUGUCGUUUAAUGCCGCGGGAGAUGCCGUUGUGCAUUAUAACGUCACGGUGUAUACGCCGGCUUCCAACGGGAAUAAUGGGCCGACUUCGCCGAGCUCCACCGCUGCAGGCGGCGGAGGGAGCACGAGGACUUCUUCUUCUUCUUCGUCGCCGGCGACGAUGGCCGGUAGACAGGGGUGGCUCGUUAGCUUUGUUGUGGCUUGUGCCGCUUUCAUUUGUUUUAUUCUAUAGUUCUCUGUAGUAUGGGAAUGAGAUUACUAUUGUGCUCAUUAGGAGAUUAGCUGACUCAAUCAUUUGUAAUACUAUUGGAAGAUGUUUUUUUUUUUUUUACAUUAAUUAAUACCAUUGAAGAUCUUUCUUUUCCUUAGACAGAUAAUUAAGAGCAUUAUUUACUACACGGUAAAGUGAGUGUUAGUGUUUUGAGUUACAAAUUGAACUUGUGUCGUAACAUUAGUUAAUCGUAUAAGUUCAGUUUGUGCUAUAUAAAUAAAUAUGUAUCUUUACAUUAUGAUACAAAUUUAGAUUGUGAAUCUGUACAGAAAGAUAUAGGUAUGACGCAAUCGAAUAGCAGAUAUCAAUUUUUGCAUUCUUGUAGAUUUGCAAUCAAACUUACAUUACAAAAUGGAACUAUCGUGACAUGAUAUUUUGUUCAACCCGUAUGUCCAUAACGAAAAAUUCAUGACUUUAAUGAGAAGAUAAUAUAAAUAAAACGAGUAUAUAAGUUAAACGGGAUUUAACUUGAGUAUCUAGAGGGACAUUCGUUAUACCACUUUCAAAAAUUUAUUCAAUACACGAUUGCAUACUAUAAUUUUGAACCACGUAUGAAACGAAAAUUAUAACUUUCUGUUUAACUAUACGUACUUCAUCAUUGUCUAUAUCAACAUAUUGAGAUAUAUUCCAAGCAUGCUCCACUACUCUAAUAAAUAAGAGAAUUUAAUUUUGCUCAAUCCAUAUUAUAUAUGUGGUCUCUGUCGACCCUGUUACUUUGAUUCAUGGAACCAGCUGGCUGGAUUUCUUUUCUUGCCAACUUAUGCAUUCUUCUUUUGCAAAUGGGUGUCACUACCGAAUCCCACGAAUGAAACAUAGUAUUGCAGUAGUUGUGACAUUGAACUCAACUAAUCAAAUACAGUUCAACCAAAAAGAAAAAUAGAACUCGAAUAUAGUGCUACAACAAACCGAACCCCAACCAAAAAUUAUAUGAUCUGGAGAAUCAAUCAUGGAACUGAGAGAUGGGGAAGUUGGCCUAACGUGGGUGGAAAAUAACGCCUACCUCUCUGUCUACCAAAUAGUUGAAUGAUAGGAGGAUUUUCUUCUAAGACCGUCCAAAGUAAUGGUGAAAAGGAGAAAAAGUGAAGAAUUGAAGCUCAAAUGGAGAGGCAAACAAGGGUAAAACAGUGGAAUUGGAAAACAUAGGCCCCGUUUAGUAUCGAUUUGUUGUUGUGGUUGCAGUGGUGUUGUGUAAACAGAUGUACAACCACAACAGUAAAAAAAAAUAGAAAACACAAACCUGUUUAGUUGAUAAUAUGAAAAAUAAUAAAAGCAGACUACAAGAAACAAAAACACGUUCAGUUACUACUAUUAGAACUAAAAACCAGAAAAGAGAGGAGGCGGCGAUGGGGGAAAGGAUUCGCAGUCGGCGGCGGGGAAUCUAGAGGAGGUGGCGGGAGGAAAGGGAGGCGACGAGAAUCGAGAGGAGGAGGCAACAGGGGAAAAGGCUGGCGGUGGGGGGAAAGGAUUCGAAGUUGGUAGCGGGGAAAGGGAGACGACGGGAAUUGAGAGGAGGAGGCAGCAGGGGUUGUGAGGUCGGGCGACAGGGUAAAGGGAGGCGGCUUCGUCGGCGGCGAGGGGGGAGAUGGACGAUAUCGACGACCUGGGUCUCGAGAGGAAGAAGUUGAGAGAGGGAGGGAGCUGUUGGGCGACGGGUUUGGGAGAAGAUGAGGGUAGGGUUGGCCGACUAGGGUUUGAAGGUGGGUUUGUGAGUUAAAAAAAAGAGAAUUUUUUUGCUUUAGGUGGGAUUCGAAUUGAGGGUUGUUUUAAUGAAAACAAACGGGAAUCCCGUGUAAAACAUGUAGAAGAAUCAAAUCCAAAACAAUAAAUUGUUGUUUCUCAAAUUUGGCCCCUGUUGUGCAAAUAUGAUUCACAACAAAAAAUAAAAACCAAACUAAACAUGUAUUUUUUUU